AUGAGCCACGACGACGACGACUUGUCUCAUGAUGUCCUGAGACUCACCCUAAAACCUUCAACUCCCAUCCCUUCCCUUCCAGCUUCUUCAUCAUAUUCCCAUUUACCUACUCAACCUCAAUCUCCACCAGUGGGGUCUUCCCACAUUCAAUUUGGUAGUGAUAUUCAUGCUCGAUUGGUGGCUUUUCAACAGAAACGAAGUAAACCUCCGCCCCCUCCGGGGUCCACCGACUCAUACAAUUCUACCACUUCAUCAUCCAAUAAUUCCCAUGUUAAUUCUAAUUCCAAUUCUAAUUCUAAUUUGAAUGUCACUAAUGAUAAUGAACAGUUUAUAUAUAAUACUAAUAAUGUUAUUCCUCCUUUAUCUACAUCUAUUAGUAUGAUAAAUCCUGCAGUAAAUGGAGAAUUUAAUGAAAAACCAUUACCACCAAUUCCAACAGAAGUUAUUAAUAAACGAUCCUUUUCAUGUAAUGAUAAAGAAUUCUUACAAGGAGGAAAUUCAAGUCCUUCAACCCCUUCAUUAUUACCAGCUAAUGUACCUAUUGCUACAACAUUAUCUAAAAAACCUUCACUUUCACAAAGAAGAGGUAUGAAAUUAAAUAUGAAUGAUAUAACUAAAGGUAUUUCUCCCUUAGCAUCUCCACAAGCUUUAAAUGUUCCUCAUCUUGACUUUUCAACAUCACUGGCUGUUUCAGUAACAACAUCUUCAUCUUCAGCCACAACAACAACAAAUACAACAGAUGAUGAUGUUGUAAGAAAAUCAUCAGGAGGUAGAAGAAAACCUAAUUUCAAAUUAGAUCUUGAACCAGAUGGAACCCUUUCUCGAGGUAAUUCAAUUAAUAGAAAACUAGACACUCCAAGUGAUUCCAAUUCUAGUUCUAAUGGGAAUUUAAAUCUGAAUCUGAAUAUGAAUCUGAAUCUGAAUCUGAAUCUGAAUCAAAUUCCAUUAAAUUUUAAUGAUUCAGAAUAUGAUUCCGAUAUUGAUCCUCCAAAAACUAAUGGACUCUUUGAAAAUUAUAAAAAAUAUAUCGAUAUUAAAUCAGGAAAGUUGAUCUUUUCUGGUAAAGCAUCAUUACAUUCAAAAGGGAUAGAUUUCCUGUCAGGAUCAUCAUUUAGAAUUUCUCUAGAUGAAUUAGAAUAUAUUGAAGAAUUAGGUCGUGGUAAUUAUGGAUCAGUACUGAAAGUUCUUCAUAAACCAACGGGAGUUUUAAUGGCAAUGAAAGAAGUUCGAUUAGAAUUAGAUGAAAAUAAAUUUACACAAAUUUUAAUGGAAUUAGAUAUUUUACAUAAAUGUGAUUCUCCCUAUAUAGUAGACUUUUAUGGAGCAUUUUUUGUUGAAGGAGCUGUCUACAUGUGUAUAGAAUAUAUGGAUGGAGGAUCAUUAGAUAAAAUUUAUGGUAAAGAUCAUGGAGUUAAAGAUGAAACUGCUUUAGCAUAUAUUACUGAAUGUGUAAUUCGAGGUUUAAAAGAAUUAAAGGAUGAACAUAAUAUUAUUCAUAGAGAUGUUAAACCAACUAAUAUAUUAUGUAAUACUCAAGGAAAGAUUAAAUUAUGUGAUUUUGGAGUAUCAGGUAAUUUAGUAAGUUCAUUAGCUAAAACAAAUAUUGGAUGUCAAUCAUAUAUGGCACCAGAAAGAAUUAAAACUAUGAAUCCUGAUGAUACAACAUAUUCUGUUCAAUCAGAUAUUUGGUCUUUAGGUCUUACUAUUUUAGAAAUUGCUGAAGGUCAAUAUCCUUAUCCUUCAGAAACUUAUGAUAAUAUAUUUUCUCAAUUAAGUGCCAUUGUUGAUGGUGAACCUCCAAAAUUAGAUAGUAAUAUCUUUUCAAAGGAAGCUCAAAUCUUUGUUAAAUCAUGUUUAAAUAAGAAUCCAGAUUUACGACCUUCUUAUGCUGCUUUAUUAAAUAGUCUGUGGUUAACAAAAUAUCGAUGUAUAAAUCCUCAUCUUGAUAUAUCUGUAUCCCAAAGACUUGAACAAAUUAAUGAAGAAAAAUUAAUAAGAAAGAAUCUUGGAUCUAAUAGAAGUGAUCAUAUUUCUUUACCAAAGAAUAUUGAAACGGUUCAAUCAUUAUUAAGAGGUAAAGUUAAAGCUCCUGCUUUACAUAGAGGAGGUUUACCAAGCAAUAAGAGUUUCCUUAAUCGGAAUCAAUAG